GUCCUGGUCGAUGUCCAGCUGAGUCGCUGAAAAAAUUGUGGGGUAAAUGUUCCGUCGAGCCCGGUGGAGGCGGGUGCUGCAGGGUGUGAAUCGUUGGCACAGCGUCGCCUUCAGCAAGAGGUAUCUGCUGUACACGAAUCUCGGCAUCUCGUUCAGCCUCAGCAUGGUGGGCGACACCAUGGAGCAGGCGUACGAGCGGUACCUAGGGGAGAUCGAUGCCUGGAACGGAACGCGCACUCUCCGCAUGGGCAUGGGUGGCCUCACCGUCGGCGUUGUCUGUCACUAUUGGUACCAGUAUCUGGACUAUCGGUAUCCGAACCGCACCAUCAGGACAGUGAUGCGCAAGAUACUGCUGGACCAAAUCAUCUGCUCGCCCUUCUACAUCACCGUCUUCUUCAUAACCAUGGGCCUGCUGGAGCGCCAGAGCUGGGAGGAGUUCCGAGAGGAGGUCAUGGAGAAGGCAGUCGUACUCUACAUGGCCGAGUGGACCUUUUGGCCGGCCGCACAGUUCGUCAACUUCUUCCUCAUCAAGCCUCGAUAUCGUGUCUUCUACGACAACUCCAUGAGCCUUGGCUACGAUAUAUACACCUCAGGGGUGAAGUAUCGAAAGAAACCGUCGCUCGAGAACACCGUCAAAUAGGACAGGACAGCGGCA